CGGGUCCUGCUGCCGGUGGAGGUGUUUGCUUUAGCCACAGGGCGCGCGCCGGAGGAGGAGUUGAUAGUGUGGCUGCGGUGUCCGCGCGCUCAGAAACACAGAGCCACCACUACAACCUGGAGACACCACCACCUCCACAGUGCGCUGUGCCUACCCGGGGAUGUGACAUGACUUGUCCGAGUCAGAAACGUGAGCCGAUGAAUGGAACUGGAUUCCUCUCCGGGGGUUAUACUGUUCCUGUUCAGCAGAGAAAACCAGAGAGCAGCAGAGCGACCCAACACACCUUUUUGCAUGAAUCUGCUGGGCUUUGUUGUCCAAUUCAUUAGAGAGAUUCCUGAGUCCACUGGCCACGCUGGAGCCCUCUCAUUUCUGGCUGCUGAAUAGAAUGGCCGCUGAUGACCGGCACCUACCCUCCAGUUGUGGGUCUUACAUCAAGACGGAGCCUUCCAGUCCCUCCUCGGUCAUUGACACGGUCAGCCACCACAGCCCCAGUGGCAACUCAGACGCCAGUGGUGGCUAUGUCAACACCAUGAACAGCCACUCCAACGGCCUGGACUCUCCACCUAUGUUCACCCCGAGUGGGCUCGGUGCUGGCACCUGCCGCAAGCGCUAUGACGACUGCUCCAGCACCAUCAUGGAGGACUCGUCCAUAAAGUGCGAAUACAUGUUGAACUCCCUCCCCAAGAGGCUGUGCCUGGUCUGUGGAGAUAUAGCCUCGGGGUAUCACUAUGGGGUGGCCUCUUGUGAGGCCUGCAAAGCCUUUUUUAAAAGGACAAUACAAGGUAACAUAGAAUACAGCUGUCCCGCUACAAAUGAGUGUGAGAUCACAAAACGGAGACGCAAAUCAUGUCAGGCUUGUCGCUUCAUGAAAUGCCUCAAAGUGGGGAUGCUCAAAGAAGGUAAGAAGAGGGUUCGUCUGGACCGCGUGCGAGGGGGCAGACAGAAGUACAAGCGGAGGUUGGACACAGAAAACAACCCGUACCUGGGCUUGACGCUCCCCCCUCCCACCAAAAAGCCUCUCACAAAGAUAGUGUCUCACCUGUUGGUGGCGGAGCCAGAGAAGAUCUAUGCCAUGCCUGACCCUACCAUGCCGGAGAGCGACAUCAAGGCUCUGACCACGCUGUGCGACCUGGCUGACCGCGAGCUGGUGGUCAUCAUCGGCUGGGCCAAGCACAUCCCAGGCUUUUCCACUCUGUCUCUGGGAGACCAGAUGAGUCUACUGCAGAGCGCCUGGAUGGAGAUCCUCAUCCUCAGCAUUGUGUUCCGCUCGCUGCCGUACGAAGACGAGCUGGUGUACGCCGAGGACUACAUCAUGGACGAGGAGCACUCGCGGCUGACGGGCCUGCUCGACCUCUACGUCUCAAUCCUGCAGCUGGUCCGCAAAUACAAGAAGCUCAAAGUGGAGAAGGAGGAGUUUGUCACCCUCAAGGCCAUCGCUCUCGCCAACUCAGACUCCAUGCACAUAGAGGACAUGGAGGCGGUCCAGAAGCUUCAGGACGCUCUCCACGAGGCCCUGCAAGACUACGAAAGCAGCCAGCACCAGGAGGACCCACGGCGGGCGGGCAAGUUGCUCAUGACCCUGCCCCUGCUGCGGCAGACGGCCACCAAGGCUGUGCAGCACUUUUACAGCAUCAAGGUGCAGGGCAAGGUGCCCAUGCACAAACUGUUCCUGGAGAUGCUAGAGGCCAAGGUCUGAUCGGAGGGUGGCUGGAGGGCUGCGUUAGCGUAACAGAAAGUGACUUGAACCAAGGCUGAGGGUACUCAGGAGAAGGAGACCCCCACUGACUGUGCUAAGCAGGACAGAGACUGACCUCUCUCACUCCUCCUCCUCCUGGAACCCUGGGACACUAUCUAAAAAAGAACAAAUGCAAAACUUGGUUAUUAGUAUA